AUGUCUGUAAAACGCUUCCAUGCUCUCCGCCACGGCCAAGCGAUUCACAAUGUGCAAAGAGGAUGGCCAGAACGCGAUCCUCCCUUGACUGAACAAGGCCUCGCAAAAGCCUCUGGCGUUCCUCUAACCUUCAUCCCCGACCUCAUAAUUUGUUCCCCAAUGACCCGCACAAUCCAAACUCUCUACGCCAUUCUUCCCAAACUGAAAGAUCAUCCUAUGCAUCAUAGCUCGAAUGGCAAUGAGCCGGACAUUCGUGUAGAAAUCUGGCCUGAAUUACGAGAAACACACGACCACGCAACUUGCAACUUGGGUCGCUCCAGAGCAGAGUUAGAAGCUGCUUAUCCUUCUUUAGAUUUCUCUAGAUGUCAUGAAGAGUGGAAUUAUCCAGGUCAUACUGACGAACGAGCGUUUCAGAGAGCAGAAGCAUUUCUUCAGGAACUCAAGGGUCGUCCAGAAAGCAAUGUGCUCAUAAUAUCUCAUCGAGGAAUCUUACGAUAUAUCUUUGGAGGUGAAAUUUUCCAUAAUUGUGAACUGAGGUCUUACGAGUUUGAUAGCCAAGGCAAGGUCGUUCUUAUCUCAUAG